AUGGAUCCCCAAUUCCACGGCCUCCCUCCUCUCAAAAGAUUCAGACUCAUGCAGCAACACAACCACAACCACCACCGCGACGACGUCGUUUCGCCCAUUCUUCCGGCCAAGAAGCGAAAGGAGACUAGAGACCAACCCAUUCCCCCUGACCCAAUUCCCGCCGCCUUCGCCGUCAACACCUAUUCGUUGCCGGCGAAGAAGCGUGUGUGGGCGCUUCCGCCGGAUUUAGUAACCCCCGAGAAGCCGGUUCCGGAGUUGGAUUUAAAUCUUGAGUACAAGCCGGAGGCGGAGGCUGCCACGGAGAAAGUUGAAGAAUGCACGGAAGGUGUUUGUGAAAAUGCCUCAGAGAAGAGCCCGGAAGAUUCGGGCGUCGAGGAAGAGUGUGAUGAUGAAGAUGAGGAUGGGAUUGUUUGUAAUGUUUGUAAGAGCUCAGAUGGAGAUCCGUCAGAUCCGAUUGUGUUCUGUGACGGGUGUGAUCUGAUGGUUCAUGCCACCUGCUAUGGUAAUCCCCUUGUGAAGGGUAUUCCAGAGGGAGAUUGGUUCUGCUCGCAAUGCUCUGGUUCUUCUGAGGCUUUGCGGGGUGAUGACUCUUUGAAUUGCUGUCUUUGCCCCGGCAAAGGUGGGGCAAUGAAACCGACUGGAGAUGGGCGGUGGGCGCAUAUUGUGUGCGCGCUUUAUGUUCCUGAGGUGUUCUUUAAGGACCCGGAAGGCCGAGAGGGGAUUGACUGCUCCAAGGUUCCCAAGAGGAGGUGGAAAGAGAGGUGUUAUGUUUGCAAGAGCGAAAGCGGGUGUGCUAUUCAGUGUUCGGAGAUCAAAUGCCCUUUGGCGUUUCAUGCGACUUGUGGGUUGAAUGAAGAUCUUUGUAUAGAGUACAGGGAAGGAAGGAAGGGUGAUAUUGUAGCUGGGUUUUGUAGAACCCACACUGAUCUGUGGGAAAAGCAACAAGAAUCUGGGAAGUUCAAGAUUGUGGCUAGAAAGGACUAAAGUGCAUAAGAAGUAGUUAGAUGGUGAUGGAUUAACUAUAUAGGUCUUUGUGGGAUGGUAUGCAUGGACCUGCUGGUUAGUGUUUGAUCUUUGUUUUUUUUUGUGUGGAAUUACUGGUUGCUUUU